CGGGCCCGAGCCGCAUCCAAAAAUCGGUACGGAUGCUAGAGGCAACGGAAGCAACGCUGGCAUUCGAUGUCGCUAUCGAUCAGAUCGACGAGUACGAACCGUACGAGGAGCGGCUGGAGACGUACGUGGUACCGGUGGUGUUCGCUAUCAUAUUUAUCGUUGGCAUCCUUGGAAAUGGAACCCUGGUGAUUAUUUUUCUGCGGCAUCGGGCCAUGCGAAACAUUCCGAACACAUAUAUUUUCUCGCUGGCUUUGGCAGAUCUUCUGGUUAUUCUUGUUUGCGUCCCAUCAGCUUCGCUCAUCUACACUUUAGAAUCCUGGCCAUGGGGAGUUGCGGUUUGUCGUGUGACGGAGUGUUUCCGGGAAAUCAGCAUCGGCGUCUCGGUUUUCACACUAACGGCGCUGGCCGCCGAUCGAUAUUGUGCCAUUGUCAACCCACUUAGGAAGCUGCAGACGCGUCCCAUCACGGUGAUUGUGGCGAUUCUUAUUUGGCUCCUGGCGAUUGCAUUCGCCAUCCCAUCAGCGGUCAUAUCCGAUGUGGUUGUGGUGGAGAUUCCGAACAAAACCAUCGAAUACUGCUCACCGUUUGGUCAGCGAACGAAUGAAUCCGUAGCAUACUCAAAGUACAAAACCAUCAUCAAUUCGGUCGUGUACUACUUUUUGCCGCUCUCAAUCAUUGGCAUUCUGUACGUCUUAAUGGCGUAUCGGUUACAUGUUAGCGCCCGCGAUAUGCCGGGCGAGAACGCUGGACCCCAGAGCAGAUCUCAGGCCAGAGCCCGACGUCAUGUUGCACGGAUGGUUAUCACAUUCGUAGUUAUGUUCAUCAUCUGCUUCCUGCCCUACCACGUGUUCCAGCUGUGGUAUCAUCUAAAUCCGAACACCGAGUAUGACUACGACGAAUUUUGGCACAUUCUGCGGAUAACUGGCUUCUGCUUGAGCUUUCUGAAUUCCUGCAUCAACCCGGUGGCACUGUACUGCGUUUCCGGUGUCUUCCGGCAGCACUUUCACCGCUACCUGUGCUGCAGGCCGAUGUCCGUUCAGCGGCGCAUCGGAGCAUCGUCGGCGGGCAAUGCCUGCGAGACCAGCUUUGUGUCGACGAUUCGACGAUCACAGCGUAACCACAGCAUCCGAAAAUCCCUUUCGGUCCACUCAGUGCAUAACUCCAAGAGGUGAGACGAUGUGCGGCUGGUGGUGAAAAUGGCAAAAUCGGUACCGAUACGAUAGGCCACCAAGGAUCUCUCGUGACAAGCGCGACAUGGAUCGAAGCGUCCGUGUGAACCAAUCUGUUUGGAUGUGUAUACGAGGCAGAGUACAUGUGUCCGCUGCCAGUUGCCGGCUGUAUGUGAUGUUUUUGUAAUGUAGAACCAGCACUUAGCUCAAUUUGGGCCCGUUCAAGUAUUACGCAUGGUAAAUUUAGUAUUUUUUUGUUUUUCAAAGUUAGAUUUGAUCAAAUUUCCACGAUAGGGACCUUCAAUCCAAACAUAUGUGUAUUAAGAUAGCAAAAUUGUAUGGAUAUAUGUAUGAAAAGAUUUAUCUAUAUCAGCUGACUAGUCGAAUUAACUUCUAAUGUAUGUUUACGAAGGAGCGGAAGACGUUGUUUUCGAUUUGUCCAUUCGAAAAUUGAACACUUGAUUUUGCCGCGAAAGCCUGCAUGGCCAUUUGCUUACGAAAGUAUGUUGUACCAUUUCCGAAUAUUUGUAACUGAGAAGACGUACUUUCAAUCAUCAAGCAUAAGUACUCGUUUCAACCGUGGUAGCCGCGGUAAAAGACAGUUUAUAGCGGAGAAAACAGUCAGAGAGAAUUAUUUAUAUUUGAAAUUAAGACAAACUCAAACUAUCGCUCUAGAACAAGAUCUCAAUUUAGCUAUCGAAACAGUCGCGAAUCAAAAUGAAUUUAUGAACGUUGAUAUUUGAAAAUGAA